AUGGUGGACGAUACAGCAUGCCAUCGUGUCGACACAAAUAAUUCAAAGCCCUUAAAAGCACCAAAACCAUCGGAAUAUGCACAAUCUCUCAAGAAGCACGGGCUUUCUCUCCGUAACUUUGAUACCGAUGCAGCAUUGAGGAGUCCCCCGAUUGAUUUCGUCACAGGUGCUUCUCUACAUUCGGGACCACAGCUGACGCAUGUCCAUCACAAGCUCAAUGAUUCUGAUGGAACACGAAAACUCAAUGCUUCAGUGGCUUCAGGAGACCAAUCGAAUGGGGUGGACAGACAUCAGAACGAGAUGCAUCCGGUGAAGGUGCCAGCCACUACACUUUCGACGUCUUCUGUUGCUAGCCACUCCUCGCAAGACGAGAACAAAUGCCCAGAUGUUAUGUUUAUCCAACAAAAUUUACAGAAUGUCAAGUUGCCAGAAAACGAGCAGGAAGUUUAUGAUUCUAAUGCCAUCUCCAAUGCAAUUGUCACCCCAAUUAUUCGCCGCGAACCAGAACUUUUAAGGUCCCAGUCCUCGAUACCACCUCUAGAAGUCCGCUGCUACGGAAGAACACGUGUUCCAACACCGCAUGGGGAAGUUUUUUGCCACUUGUACCGUAACAAUUACGACAAUAAAGAGCAUAUGGCUCUGGUGAUCGAUCCAUCGCAGAACAAUCUGUCGAUUCAAGCGCGCCAAAAACAAGGACUGCUAAGCAGUCCGCGUCAUUUGCGCAGUCGGUCGCUUGAUGCCAUUUGGCACGAGGAUGAGACGACUAUCGAACGUCUUGUACGUGGGGCGUAUGUCAACCGCUUGAGCGACACGUACCAAGUGCCCUCUGAGCCUAUACUGAUGCAGAGCACGGAUGCGUUGGAUCCAAAUACACCAUCACCGCUUGUCCGUAUUCAUUCUGAGUGCUACACAGGCGAAACUAUUGGCAGUCAACGCUGCGAUUGUGGCGAACAGCUGGAUGAAGCGCUUCGUAUUAUCAGCACAUCCAUGACGCAUAGUUCGAGCGGCAUACCUGUUCCGCCACGUGGUGUGGUAGUAUACAUGCGUCAGGAAGGCCGUGGCAUUGGGCUGCUUGACAAGCUACUUGCCUACAAUUUGCAAGACAUGGGUCAUGACACUGUGAGUGCGAAUAUACUACUGGGGCAUCUGCCCGAUGCUCGGCGCUACGACAUUAGCAGUGCCAUCUUGCGAGAUCUUGGCAUUGAUCAAUGCCGCUUGCUGACAAACAAUCCCGAAAAAAUUCAGUCUCUAGAGGCAGAAGGCAUCCGAGUUACAGAGCGGGUGUCGAUGAUACCGAGGAUAUGGAAGUUGUCACACCACACGCAUGCAUCUCACAAGCCGCGACGGCAUCGUCGCGGAGAGCCUACAAAUCGAGUCGAUGACAUGUUAGGACGCAGUGAUGUGCACUCGCUAACUAACAGUACUAUGUCUCAAGGCUCUACCUCGAACGAAAUGCUGGAUACAACUCAGAGCGGCGAUGUGCUGGAGUCUGAUGACAGUGCGAGUAGUCAUGAUUCCCUCGCCCAGCGCAGCUUGGGUGUUACACUUGUCGGCGGAAGCACUACUCGUGGGAAUGAUCUGGAAAGAUAUCUUCGCACAAAAAUUGAGCGUAUGGGCCAUCUUCUAUCUGAACCUGUACAUUCAACAAAGCCAAUUCAUUAG